CCGUCUGGAGUUCAGCACCAUCAGCAGCAUCACCAGCAGCAGCAGCAGUACCAGGCAACAUGAAGCCCUACUACCGGCUCUGCAUUCUCCUCGGCUUGUUUGUGGUGGCCGUCCACUCAGGUCCGAUUUCACGCCAGGCUGAUAACGAUGAUGCUCUCAUCCAGAGUUACCUGAAGAAGUUCUACAACUUGACAGAGCAGACAGGACCUCACUCCAAAGGCAGGACCAAUCAUAUGAGUGAGAAAAUCGCUGAGAUGCAGAAGUUUUUCGGACUCACAGUGACAGGAACCGUGGACCAGGAGACCCUGCAGGUGAUGAAGAAGCCCCGCUGUGGAGUUCCAGAAGUUGCUCAGUACACCACCUUCGGAGAAGGUCUCAAAUGGCAGAAGAACCAGCUGACAUACAGGAUUGUGAACUACACUCCAGACCUGUCUCAGGCUGAGGUGGACAGAGUUUUAGGGAAAGCUCUGCAGGUCUGGGCUCGCGUCACUCCUCUCAAAUUCACCCGCAUCUCCAGCGGUGACGCCGACAUCAUGAUCUCCUUUGGAGCAGGAUCUCAUGGUGAUUACUACCCAUUCGAUGGACCAGGUGGAACUCUGGCUCAUGCUUUCGCUCCCUCUGCUGGUAUUGGUGGAGACGCACAUUUUGAUGAGGAUGAACUUUUCACCUCCAGCUCCACUAAAGGGUAUCUUCUGUUCCUGGUUGCUGCUCAUGAAUUCGGACACUCGCUGGGUCUCUCUCACUCCAGCGACCCCGGAGCUCUGAUGUACCCAACAUACAGCUACAGAGACCCAAACACGUUCGUCCUGCCCAGAGACGACGUCAACGGAAUCCAGUCUCUCUAUGGCCCAAACACUGACGUGAACCCCGACAAACCCGCCCCACCUCCUCCAGUCACCCCUGACGCCUGUGACCCCAGCCUGGUUCUGGACGCCGUCUCAACACUGAGAGGAGAGAAGAUCUUCUUCAAGAACAGCUUCUUCUGGCGCAUUUCAGGGAGCGGCCAGGCCGAGCAACACCUGAUCAAGAGCUUCUGGACUGAUGCUCCAGACAACAUCGACGCUGCUUAUGAGAACACAGCACAGGACAAACUCUACCUCAUCAAGGAUCAGAAGGUCUGGGCUCUCUUCGGAUAUGACCUUGUGCAGGGUUAUCCCAAGAGCCUCAGCAGCCUGGGUCUGCCCACGAAGGUGAAGAAGAUCAGUGCUGCUCUUUAUGAUAAGAACACUCGCAAGACCCUGUUCUUCACUGACAACUAUUAUUACAGUUAUGAUGAAAGCAGGAAGGUGAUGGACAAGGGAUACCCCAAACUGGUGGAGCAGGGAUUCCCAGGGGUCACUGGAAAAAUUACUGCAGCAUUCCAGCACAACGGUUUGACCUACCUCUACAGUGGAAAUCGUGUGUUCGAGUACAGCCCAACCAGCAAGAAAGUCACACGUGUGCUCAGUAACAGCUACCUCCUGCCCUGCUAGUAGUUUAUAUCUGUGGGGCACACUGAGUGCAUCAAUCUUUUUGCAAAAAAAAGGCUAAUUUAUGUUUUUAGAAUAGAUUAAAAUAUUACAGAGCUUUUUACUGCCAACAUUCUUUAAUUUUUUAUUUAAUUUAUUUAUAAUCUUACUCAUAUCUGCAUACCUGUAUUUCUAUUGAUUUCAAUGCAAUAUCUUUUGUGUAAAAUUUGAUUAUGUUCAACAGACUUGUUUACAAAGUAAAUCAAUAAAAAUAUAUCAUUUUAAA